GACGUUUUUUUUUGUAUAAAAAAUGGCGGCGAUCAUCUGACAGAUGGUUUGUCUGAUCUGUCAGUGCGUGAAAUGUUUCGAGUUUUCGAAAUGAUUUGUCGUUUUGUUUAGAAACAUUGCAUUGACGAAUAAUGGCACAAUAUUUCCGAGUGUGCAAACCCGAAAUUUGUUGCGUAACCAGAAGUUAUGGAACUUGGAGGUGCCAGCAGAAUCAUUAUGAAAUUUUAAACGUUUCUCCCGAUGCAUCACAGAAAGACAUCAGACAAGCUUUUAUCAGAUUGUCGAAACAACUGCAUCCUGAUACAAGUGGAAAACAAGGUCAUUCUGAUUUUGUGAGGUUGAAUGAGGCAUAUAAGAUUCUGGGAAAAGAAAAUACGAGACGCCAAUAUGAUUUUUAUUUGAAAUAUAAUAAAUAUAACCCAUCUUAUACAUCUAAUCCACACAAUAUGCGAUAUGGGAGUCAAUGGGAAUAUGAAGUACGUACAGCAGGUGGACCAUGGCCACCACCUCCGCAAAAGCCAAACGAAUACUUUGGUCUUCUAAUAGCCCUUGCAUGUUUUGGAUUAGGAUUGCUACAAGUUAGUUUCAUGCUCUAUUCUAUAAAAGUGCGGAAAGCAGUAAUUUUGCGAAAUACUCAAAUAGAGUAUGAAUACCAACAAAUUCGAAAAGCGGCACUUGUUAGACACAAUAAUCAAUAUACUAUAAAAGAUAUUAAUUCACCAGAAGAUCUUAAUGAGUACCUGAGUAAAGAGAGAUAAAAUUAUUGACAAAUAUUAGCAAAAAUUCUAUUAAAAGUUAAAAAGUUAUUAGAAAUAUCACUUAUUAGAAAUAUCAGUGUUUUUCUUUUCGCUCCUUAGCCUUUUUCUUCUUAAUAUACUAAAAAUAAUAAAUCCUACCACUGUAGGUUUUAUACAGAGAUGGUUUUGUGUACUUUUAAAUUCUUUUUAUAAUAACUUUUUUAUCUACCACAAUAAAGAAAAUUUAAAAACGUGAAACACUAAACCUAUAUAAUGAAAUUCCGAAUGCUCUUUUCCAAUAUCUCAAUUGUGUUGUUGAGAAAAUUCUUAUGACAUAGUUUUUACACAUAUAUAGCAAAGAAAAAGUUGCAAUAAUAAGAAAAUUAUUUUAACAGUAUUGCAAUAUAUUUUGCAUAUUUUACAAUAUAUUUUGAAUGUCACUACGAGAAAAUAAAAUUUACAUUCUUUACAUUUACAAAUUUAAAUUAUAUACAUACAUAUUAUUGAUUACGUUUGCGUAUAAUAGGCAAUUUUUGGCGAUCGUUUGGUACAUGUACCAAGGUUGAUAUUGGUAGGGAUGGAGCUUAUCUUGAUACGAUGUACCACUAUCAUGUACCACUAUGAACGCUAAAACGGACUGGUUCUUUUCUCUUUUCUCAUACCGCAGAUUUGGAAAAAACUACCUUACUUCGUUGCAAGGUAUAGCUGGUAUCAACCAGAAAUGUACCAAAAUGGUUAGCCACGCCUUAACCAAAAAGUACCAAACACUCGAAAACGCUCUGGUACAUAUUGGUACACUUUGGUACAUGUACCAAACGAUCGCCAAAAAUCGCCUAAUAAUAUAACAAUUUUAUGCGCAUGUUGACGUACCUAUUCUAUCGCAAAUCUAAUGGAGUUUUUCGAAAUAACGUAUUUACAAUUAUUAAAUAUUACAUCAUUUAUAUAAUAUUACACUUGUAUGAUAUGUAAUUUUUAUAUAUGUAUUGUACAGUAAGUUAUAAAAUGUUUUCACUUA